UUGAUUCCCCCGGUGUAUCUUUGGUCCACGAGAAGAUGAAGGAAGUCAACAUGGCCUUCCCCGUGAGCUUGGAGGCGCUUCUGCGAUCGGCCGUCUCAGAGGACGCCGAGCACCGGGACGACGGUCUGUGCGUGGUGGGCAUCUUCGGCAAAAGUGAUAUGCAGCUGAACGCCCUCAAAGAGUCCCUCGUCAACACUCUGGCGGACAAGCACGUCUUCUCCGCGUUCGGCGGUGCGGACAACGGGGACGGAAGCGGGGGCAUCCAGGCGCUCUACAACCCGGACAACCGCGUCUUGUACCUGAUGCUCACCUCCGUGUGCGACGGCCGCCAGCUGCUGCGAGCCUGUCAGUCCCCGGGCGCUGGCAGCGGCCACGCCGAUUCGCACGACUUUUGGAAGGGGCUGGAGCGUCAGCAUUGUCUCCGCCUGCUCUACUUGUUCUCGGUGUGCCACGUCCUGCUGCUCGUCCACCCGAGCCACACGUUCGACGUCACCUACGACAGGCUCUUCCGAGCCCUGGACGCCCUGAGGCAAAAGGCGCUGCCUCUCAUCCGGGCCGCCGUCAAGGACUGCCCGGUGUCCAAGGAAUGGAAGGUCAACUGUCGGCCGUGCCCGCCUCGGCUCCUCUUCGUCUUCCAGAUGAGCGGAACGCUCAAGGUCCUCAAUGGUUCAGAGUCAGGCGCCCACCCGGACAAACCCAAGAAGCACUCGCCCCGGCGGCGUCUGCAGCACGCCCUGGAGGAUCAAAUCUACCGCAUCUUCCGCAAAAGUCGCGUCCUGACCAACCAAAGCAGCAACUGCCUGUUCACCGUGCCCGCCAACCAGGCCUUCGUCUACGUGCUGCCCGCAUCAUCUGACGAGGACUCUGUGGGCUCCCUGCUGGGCCAGCUGCGCUCCAACUGCAUCCUGUGCGAGCAGGACUCGGGAACGCUGGUGUCCGGCCCGCGGCGCUACCAACAGACGCGGCCCUCGGCCCGACAGGGCCUUGUGGAACAAUCGGGCGCGACUAUGGGUGCCGUGCCGACCGACUGCAGUUUGAAGGAGUUCCUCUGGCAGCACGUGGAGCUGGUUCUGACCAAGAAAGGCUUUGAUGACAGCGUGGGACGGAACCCACAGCCAUGCCACUUUGAGCUGCCGUCUUACUCCAAGUGGGCACAGGUGGCGCUGAAGCUCCACCAGGCGCUGACCGGUGGCGACGAGGACGACGUGGCCGAGAUGGCGGCCAAGGUUCAGGCCCAGCUGAAGGUGUUGGACGGCUUCCUGAACGCCGACGCCAAGUUCUCAGAGAACCGGUGCCAGAAGGCGCUGCCCCUGGCCCACAGUGCGUACCAGGCCAACCUGCCACACAACUACACCACAGCCGUGCACAAGAACCAGCUGGCGCAGGCGCUGCGCGUCUACAGUCAGCACGCACGUGGCGUGGCUUUCCAGCGCUACGCCCUGCAGGUCCACGAGGACUGCUACAAGUUCUGGAGCAACGGGCACCAGCUAUGCGAGGAGCGCAGCCUAUCCGACCAGCACUGCGUUCACAAGUUUCACCUUCUGCCGCAAUCGGGAGAGAAAACGGACAUGGAUCACAACCCGCCCAUUCUGAACCACAACAGCAGGGGGCGCUCCACCAGCUCCUGCAACUGCGGAAGGAAGCAGGCGCCCCGCGACGACCCCUUUGACGUGCAGGCAGCAAACUACGAUUUUUACCAGGCCCAGGAGGAGAAAUGCUGCGGGAAGCUGGAGCGGAUCCACUUCCCCAUUUUCCAGCCCAGCACUCCCGACCCGGCCCCAGCCAGCAACCAGGCAGAGCGCCCGCCGUCCGAGGCCGACGCCGACCGGUUAAGGGAGCCCGGUGCCGCCCACAGCCACACGCCCGGCGACACCAGCCUGAGCUUGGCACUCAGCCUGGGCCAGUCCACCGGCAGCUUGGGUCCUUACGGGGACGGCGAGUCGACGACGACGGCCGGCGCCGAUGGCCAAGUGCAACAGAAGCGUCCCAGCCUGGCUGACCGCCAGCCCUCCACCGUGGAGUACCUCCCGGGAAUGAUGCACUCGGGCUGCCCCAAGGGCCUCCUGCCCAAAAUCUCCAGUUGGUCCCUGGUCAAACUGGGCCCGGCCAAGUCGUACAACUGCCACACAGGGCUGGACCAACCCGGCUUCCUCCCCGGCGCCUCCUUCCUGCUCCCGUGGGACUUGAUGAUCCGCUCCCGGUCCGAGGAUGACCCGAGCGAGCCCCUGGAUGGCGGCGCGUCCUCGUGGCCGGUCCCCAACAAGACGCUAGUGGGAAAGCGGGGGGGCGCGGGCGGACCAGGUAGGGCCCGGCGGCGGGACGACUCGGCGCGGGCCUACGUGGGCUUUGAAUACGAAGACGGCCGGGGGCGGCGCUUCAUCGGCUCGGGGCCCGACAAGGUUGUUAAGGUGCUGGGACCGGGCGGCGCCAAGGAGCCUGCUGGCAGGGUGCUCAACAGCGACAUGCCCCUCUACGUGCCGUCGCCUUCGCAGGGACGAGGAGUGAAGCCUCACUUUGCUCAGCUGAUGCGGCUUUUCAUCGUUGUGCCAGACGCCCCGCUGGAAGUCACCCUCAACCCUCAGGUGCAGCCCGGGCCGCCGCCCUGCCCGGUGUUCCACCCGGAGCAGACGGACUUGGUGCUGCCCCCCGACGGCCUUUGGGUGCUGCGCUUCCCGUACGCCUAUGGCACAGAGCUGGCACCCUGCUACCCCCCCAAGGAGAACCAGCCCCUUGGCAACUACAAGGUGCUGCGAGGAAUCCUUAAAGCCAACACGCAACCACAGUGAACGCCUCCGCCAAUGUGCAAUCUCGCAAACGACCACACGAGGGCGACAAAUGUUUAAGAAUUGCCACACAUCCAUUUGCUCCAACUGCAUCUUGAUUCUUGAAAUAAAUCUGUUUUGCAUCAACAUAAA